GAUAAUUACAUCGAAGAGUUCUAAUUGCAUUUCGCUCAAUGUAUAGCUCAGAACGAAGCUCUUGUGCCUGCAGUUUAAUCAUUUCUCCUGUCUGCUUGUUCAUCUUGUACAUUGCUCAGCUCACAACAGUACGGAAAUCAUGCUAGAAAUAUCCUCUCAUAGCCGGCUCUCUUCAUUACUCUUUAUACCUUCAGACCUGACAAGCCUCUUCGUUCUCCUCAUCAUCUAUACUCCUCUCGUCUACCUAACCAUCAUCAUCUUCCCCACUCUCUCCAUAUUUUUCAACUUCCAAAGCUCAAACCUUCCCCCAGGCCCAUGGUACACACACUUUACAAACCUAGUCCUAAAAUAUCAUGAAUGGAAUGGUAAUCGACGAAUAUACAUCCAUGAUCUGCACAGAAAAUACGGAGAUAGCGUUCGGAUAGGUGUAAAGGAGUUUGCUUUUUGCGGGAUCGAAGGUGUGAAAGGAGUUUAUGGAAAUGAGGGAGGAGAGUUGGAUAAAACGGGAUUUUAUGGACUUUUCAGACAAUUGGGUGUUAGAACUACCUUUUCCACGGAAAGGAGGCAUGAGCAUAAAGAGAAAAAGAAGAAUAUUGCAAAACCAUAUCGAAAUUCCGAGAUCCUCAAGCCUGCUAUCAUGGAUGGAAUUGAAGAAAGAAGUCAAGCAUUCCUUCGAAAGGUCGAGAGCUCAGAGAAUGGAGUUAUUGAUGUCUAUAGAUAUGCACAUUGUUUUGCACUAGAUUGUGCUAGUCACUUUCUUCUGGGAAAGGCGGGAAUCAAAUCUAUUGAAGAGAAAUCUGGUAUGGAAAUAAUGGAAGAGAUGACGUAUCACUCAAGUCUCAAAAACCAGCUUCUAACACUAUACCUCCAACCCCUCUCCACCAUCUUCCUCUCCUUAUUUCCCCAACGCUCCACUCCUCUAACCAAUACAUACAUUAUCUCCUCGUGCCUCCCUCCAACCCAAGAACCACAAUCUCUUCUCCACGCCCUCCAACACGCUUCCCCCUCCCUAUCGGAACCCCAAAUCGCAGCCGAGACACUAGACCACCUAGCCGCUGGAAUCGACACCACCGGCGCCUCUCUCACCUACCUCCUACACACCCUCUCUCUCCCCUCCAACCACCCCCUCCAAGAAAAACUCCACCAGUCCUUUACCUCCCAACCCCAGAACAAUCCAACCCCCUACCUCAACGCUAUCAUAAACGAAACCCUGCGUCUCUACCCUCCAAUCCCCAUGUCCCAGCCUCGUCUCACCUCACCAUCCAAACCCAGACUCAUCGAUCGAUACCUCAUCCCCCCAAACUCAACUGUAAGUGUCCAAGCGUGGAGUCUCCAUCGAAAUCCCACGAUAUUCGGUAAGGAUGCCGAGACAUUUUAUCCAGAACGAUGGCUUAUAGACGAAGAUAGAGUGAGAGAGAUGGAGAGGGGUUUUUUGGCGUUUGGGAGAGGAGGAAGAGCGUGCACGGGAAGGGAUCUAGCUCUAGCCGAAAUGCGUCAUCUCAUACAGAUAGUCUACACGCAAUACAGAACGAAGACAAUAGAAGGACACGAAGCAGAUAUGAAGAUGGAAGAUCAGAUCAUAUCUAGUAGGCCGAGAGGCCAGGAGUGUAUGUUGAUUUUCGAGAGGAGAUAGAAAGUGAUAUAGACAAAGAGAUUAUAUAUUGAUAAAUGUAUAGAACAUUUAGCGAGGAAGAGAAGUGACGGUGGCGAAGUUUUAUAGCCUUAUAGGUAGACAGAAGUUUCACCGCUCUCA